AAACAAGCUAGAAAUCUCAAGGGAUUCACGGCAUCCAAAUAGCCCCCGUUGGCCUCCUCUACGCACGCCUCCUCUUACGGUUUUCUUCUUGGCGAUUCGUUCUCCCGACCGGGGUUUCUCUUUCUAUUAGGGUUAGCGGAUGCUUUCGCUAUUUUGAUCGGAGGAAAAGUCGAGCGGCGGAUCUGAAGAAGAAUGUCUUACGCUUACCUUUUCAAGUACAUCAUAAUCGGUGAUACAGGUGUUGGAAAAUCAUGUCUCCUAUUGCAAUUUACUGACAAGAGGUUUCAACCUGUACAUGAUCUGACUAUUGGUGUUGAGUUUGGUGCUAGGAUGAUUACAAUUGAUAACAAGCCGAUAAAAUUGCAAAUAUGGGAUACGGCAGGUCAAGAAUCCUUCAGAUCUAUUACAAGAUCCUACUACAGAGGAGCUGCUGGUGCAUUGCUGGUAUAUGAUAUUACCAGGAGGGAGACCUUUAAUCAUCUUGCGAGCUGGCUAGAAGAUGCGAGACAACACGCAAAUGCGAAUAUGACAAUUAUGUUAAUUGGGAACAAAUCAGAUCUUGCUCAUAGAAGAGCUGUAAGUACUGAGGAAGGGCAGCAGUUUGCCAAAGAACAUGGACUCAUCUUUAUGGAAGCUUCAGCAAAAACUGCACAGAACGUUGAAGAGGCAUUUAUUAAUACUGCUGCGACAAUAUAUAAAAAAAUUCAGGAUGGUGUAUUUGAUGUCUCGAAUGAGUCUUAUGGCAUCAAAAUUGGAUAUGGAGGAAUCCAAGGUCCUGCUGGAGGGAGGGAUGGAUCUGCUUCCCAGGCUGGUGGCUGCUGCGGCUGACAUCUCACAAAAUUAAUUCAU